AUGAAGAUAGGGUGUGGCGACCCCCUCACCCCUUUCUUUGAGGGGUGUUCCCCUUCCCCCCUCCUCCCCUCUGUCGCCUCUGCUGCUGCUGUCGACCUUCUUGGUGCUGAGAAGGUCGGGACCGCGUCUGCUUCGAGCGGGCGCCGCAGGAACAAGGGGGGCAGGGGUGGGGGUGGCGGCGGAGGAGGUGGGGGUGGAGGCGGUGGGAGUGGAGGCGCGGCUGGGGAGACUAGUGGCGGCAGUGGGGGAGGAGACAGCAGCGGUGGGAGUGGUGGUGGAGGCAGCAGCGGAGGCGGAGGUGGUCGUGGCGGCGGCAGGGGUGGAGGUGGCCGGGGCGGCGGCGGUGGGGGUGGUGGUCGUGGAGGCACUGGCAGAGGCCCGAGUCAGCAGCGCGCCCCGACGCUUCAGGCCGCCCGUGAGUGGUAUGCGCAGCGUAGCGUUACCUGCACGUACGUCAUUCGCACAGGUGACCGCAGCGGCCAGCAGUGUGGGAGGCCACACCCCACGCAGCGCUGCUUCGCGCGCCUUAACGACGCGUGGCGCACUCAGUUUCCUACUGCCACUGAGCUGCCGCGCUGGGCUGAUCUGGAAAAGAGGGGUGUUGAUAUUUGGGCUUUAGACUUUGAUGCUAUUCUCACUGCCAUGUAUGCGAUGUCUAUUAGUGGAGAGGGUGCUCAGUACUUGCGUGUUCCGCCCGACCCGGGCAUUCAGGCCAGUCCGGCUGCCGCUCUAGGUGCUAGUGCGUCUGCUCCCACAGGUCCUGGUGAGGCCGCUGCCCUAGGUGCUCGUGCGUCCGUGCCCCCUGGUACUGAGUCGACUGCAGCACUGCACACCUUCACACUGGACUCAGGUGCUUCUCGCUCCUUCUUUCGUGAUCGCACUGUCCUUGAGCCACUCGCUCGGCCAGUUGCUGUCUCCCUUGCUGACCCCUCUGGGGGUCCGGUCAUUGCGACCUCCUCCACUGUCCUUCCUUGUCCGGCGGUCCCGUCCGGCACGCUGUCAGGUCUCUACCUCCCCUCGUUCUCUACGAACUUGGUGGCAGGUAGUGCGCUCCAGGAUGGGGGUGUUCACCAGUUCACCCCUGCCUACGAGCGCGUGACACACUGCACGUGUGCUCGGACGGGUCGCCACCUGGCUACCUUCACUCGAGAGCCGGGGUCGGACCUGUACACACUGACCACUGAGUCCCCUCAGGUAGCUGCGUCCGCGUCUGCGUCUGCGUCAGCUCCUCACUCCUCCUCCUUUCCCCCGACGACUGCUCCCUUGCAGACGCUCCACAUGGACGUGUGGGGCCCAGCCCGCGUCCGUGGUCAGGGCCAGGAGAGGUACUUCCUGAUUGUUGUUGACGACUUCUCGCGCUACACCACGGUCUUCCCCUUGCGCGCCAAGGGUGACGUCCCUGAUGUCUUGAUCCCUUGGAUCCGCAGAUCUCGUCGCCAGCUCCGUGAGCGUUUCCGCUCCGACUUCCCUGUCCUGCGUCUGCACUCUGACAGAGGUGGGGAGUUCUCCUCUGGCCUACUGGAGGCCUUCUGUCAGCAGGAGGGCAUUGAGCAGUCGUACACGCUUCCGGACUCUCCACAGCAGAAUGGGGUUGCUGAGCGCCGCAUUGGUCUGGUCAUGGAGGUCGCCCGUACCUCCUUGAGCCAUGCGGCUGCCCCCCAUUUUCUGUGGCCGUUUGCAGUCCGAUACGCUGCGCAUCAGCUCAACCUCUGGCCCCGUGUCUCCUUGCCCGAGACUUCUCCGACACUGCGUUGGACGGGAGAGGCUGGCGAUGCGUCGCGUUUUCGGGUCUGGGGAUCCCGAGCUUUUGUCCGCGACACGUCCGCGGACAAGCUCUCCCGUCGCGCUGUCCCCUGCGUCUUCCUUGGCUUUGUCCCGGACGCCCCUGGUUGGCAGUUCUACCACCCCACCUCGCGGCGUGUCCUGGCCUCUCAGGACGUCACUUUUGACGAGUCCGUCCCCUACUACCGCCUCUUCCCCUACCGCACUGCCCCGCUCCCCCCCCCGCCUCUCUUCCUCGCUCCAGGUGCUGAGGUACCAGACCCCCUCCCCCCUCAGGGUGCCGCUCCCUCAGGUGUGUCCCAGGUAGACCCGGGUGAGCCUGUCGAGGUAGCUGUUGACUCUCGUCCUGCUCGGGGUGCUGAGCCUGGGGGUGCUGCGUCUGGGGGUGCUGAGCCUGGGGGUGCUGCGUCUGGGGGUGCUGAGCCUGGGAGUGCUGAGUCUGGGGGUGCGGAGCCUGGGGGUGCUGAGCCAGGAGGUGCGGAGCCUGGAGGUGCGGAGCCUGGAGGUACUGAGCCUGGGGGUGCUGCGUCUGGGGGUGCUGAGCCUGAGCGUGCUACGCCUGGAGGAGCCCUCUCCUCCCAGCAGCUGCAGGAGAGGUACCUCGAGUACUGCCGCCUUCGGAGAGGUGCUGCUGGAGCUCGUCCCGGUACUUCCCCUCCUACCCAGGAGCUCCCCCCCAUUCAGCAGAUCCGCGAGUGGUACACACGGCGCUGCAGUCUUCGGAGUGGUGCUCCUGGUGCUGCGGACCCUGGGGGUGGAGCUGCAGCUGGUGCUGAGGACCCGGACGUUGGAGCUGCUGCUGGUGCUGCGGACCCGCCUGGUGGAGCUGCUGCUGGUGCUGCGGACCCGCCUGGUGGAGCUGCUGCUGGUGCUGAGGACUCGGACGUUGGAGCUGCUGCUGGAGCUGAGGACCCGGGCGGUGGCGCUGCUGCUGGUACUGAGGACUCGGACGGUGGAGCUACUACUGGUGCUGAGGACCCGACUGGUGGAGCUGCUGCUGGUGCUGUUGACCCGGCCGCUGGAGUCUCCUCUGCUUCUGGAGACGCUGCGCGGCCGCGACCGUACUUCGUACCGCUCCUUCAGCAGGUUCUUGGGCAGGCUCCUCCUCCUUGUCCUCCUCCCUCCGUAGAGUGUCCUCUGCCUGUCCAGUCGCAGUCACAGUUACCGCCUACCUCGCCUCUCCCUGCUCCCUCUCCUUACACUGGUCCCACAGGAGGUCUUACAGAGCGUCGUGAGCCCGAGUCUCGUCCUGCGUCGCCUGUCCGUCCUGCUCGCACUGGUAGUCGUGUCCGUCGUGAGCGUCCUCCUCCUGUCCCAGGCACUCACUACAUGACUUUGCGUCCCUCUACUGCUCCUCAGCGUGUCCCUCUACCGUCUCCUCCCGCGUCUUCUUUGCCUCAUGUUCCGGACCCUGAGUCUGACCGGUACCGUGCUGAGCACCCUACUGUCACGCGUCUCCUCGCUACUGUUGUCACUGACCCUACCUUUGAGUCCUCGACUGCGUCUGCUCUGGUCGCUGAGUUGGUUGACUUUGCUGCUGCCUGUCGUCUAGACUACGCUGCUAGCCUUGUUGCUGAGUCUGAGUCUGAGUCUGUCCGUCCUCCGUCCGUCGGGGGUGAGUGUGCUCUUGGCACGGACGUCCUUGAGGACAGACAGGAGGAGUUCCAGUGUCUUGCUGCUGCUUUGCCCCGUCUCGUGUCCUUGCUAGUUGCCCCUGAGGGAGACCCGGAUGCACCAGACAUCCCGACCCCACGCACUUACGCUGAGGCGAUGGCGGGUCCCUACUCCUCUCAGUGGCAGACAGCCAUGGACGCCGAGAUGGCUUCCUGGAAGUCCACACGCACCUACGUCGACAAGGUUCCCCCUCCUGGGGCGAACAUCGUCAGUGGCAUGUGGAUUUUCAGGGUGAAGCGGCCGCCGGGUUCUCCGCCUGUCUUCAAGGCCCGUUACGUGGCUCGAGGCUUCAGUCAGCGAGAGGGAGUUGACUUCUUCCAGACAUUCUCCCCCACCCCGAAGAUGACUACUCUUCGGGUACUGCUGCACAUAGCCGCUCACCGCGACUACGAGCUUCACUCACUUGACUUCAGCACUGCUUUCUUGCAGGGCAGCCUGCACGAGGAGAUCUGGCUGCGCCGCCCACCUGGCUUCACUGGGUCGUUUCCUCCUGGUACCCAGUGGAGGCUUCAGCGGCCGGUCUACGGUCUCCGCCAGGCUCCGCGUGAGUGGCACGACACACUGAGGACUACACUUGCGGCUCUUGGGUUCGCGCCUUCUACAGCUGACCCGUCGCUGUUCCUGCGCACUGACACUUCGCUGCCGCCGUUCUACAUCCUCGUGUAUGUCGACGACUUGGUCUUUGCCACUGCUGACACUGCAGGACUCGCUCACGUGAAGUCGGAGCUGCAGAGGAGACACACGUGCACAGACCUGGUCACACAUGGUGCAGCAGGUUCUCCAGCGCUUCCGCUUCACGUACUCCUCGCCUCAGUCCACUCCUCUGCCUACCGGUCACUCGCUCUCAGCUCUGCCUUCGGAUGA